AUGACUUCCAUGCUGAGCCAUGCCAUCAGAAACCUCCCUGCUUCCUCAGCAUGGGCUGCCAGGGCCUUUGCUCGGUCGCUCAGCUGUUCUUCACAGUUACAAGCCGCAGCAGUCCAGCCUAAGAGUAAGAAGACUUUGGCCAAAAGUGGUGUGAAGAAUAUCGUUGUGGUAGAGGGCGUCCGUAUUCCGUUUUUGCAGUCUGGCACCUCGUAUGCGGAUCUUAUGCCACAUGACUUGGCAAGAGCAGCACUGCAGUAAGUAAAUUGAAUACUGGAAGGCCCCAGAGAAGUUGUUGAUUACAUUGUUUAUGGCACAGUUAUCCAGGAGGUGAAAACGAGUAAUGUUGCCAGAGAGGCUGCGUUGGGAGCGGGUUUCUCUGACAAAACUCCAGCCCAUACAGUCACCAUGGCUUGCAUUUCGUCAAACCAGGCGAUGACCACAGGCGUGGGUAUGAUUGCAGCUGGACAGUGCGACGUCGUCGUAGCGGGGGGUGUGGAGUUAAUGUCAGACGUUCCCAUUCGUCACAGCAGGAAGAUGAGGAAGACUAUGCUCACUCUUAACCGAGCCAAGACCUUGGGCCAAAAGCUCUCCCUGAUUUCCAAAAUUCGCCCUGACUACUUUGCUCCUGAGCUCCCAGCUGUGGCAGAGUUCUCCACCAGCGAGACUAUGGGGCACUCUGCCGACCGUUUGGCUGCUGCCUUUGGCAUUUCCCGUUUGGAGCAAGAUGAGUAUGCCCUGCGGUCGCACACGCUAGCCAAGAAAGCCCAGGAUGGAGGCUUGCUACUCGAUGUGGUACCUUUCAAAGUGCCAGGCAAAGAUACAGUUACCAAAGAUAACGGGAUCCGUCCUUCCUCAAUGGAGCAGAUGGGCAAGCUGAAGCCAGCUUUUGUCAAGCCCUUCGGAACUGUCACAGCUGCCAACUCCUCCUUCCUGACAGAUGGUGCUUCGGCCAUUCUGCUCAUGUCUGAGGAGAAGGCGCUGGCAAUGGGAUACAAACCGAAGGCCUACCUAAGGGACUUUGUGUACGUGUCCCAGGAUCCAAAGGACCAACUGCUACUGGGUCCAACGUACGCUACUCCCAAAGUGCUAGAGAAGGCUGGGCUAACCAUGGACGAUAUCGACGUCUUUGAAUUCCACGAAGCUUUUGCUGGGCAGAUCCUGGCUAACCUGAAAGCUAUGGAUUCGGACUGGUUUGCGCAAAACUACAUGGGCAGAAAGUCAAAGGUCGGAGCCCCUCCGCUGGAGAAGUUCAAUACCUGGGGCGGCUCCCUCUCGCUGGGACAUCCUUUCGGUGCCACUGGCUGCCGUCUAGUAAUUACCGCUGCCCAUAGAUUGAAGAAGGAGGGAGGCCAAUACGGGCUGGUUGCUGCCUGUGCUGCAGGAGGGCAGGGGCACGCGAUGAUAGUGGAGCUUUACCCCCAGUGACAGGAGAAGGGACUGCUGAGUGGGUGUCCGUAUGUCCUGGGCCUGGCAAUGCCAUUUCAAUGCACUAAUAAAAACAUACAUACAGUUCCUUCUCGGAAAGGAUUUUUCGUGGCCUUUGUAAAUACCUUUUUAGCUACUCAGCUGGUAAUUUUCAACUAAUGACCGUGCUCUAAGACAUAUUCCA